CUCUGGGCCAUGGGCAACGCCAAGAGCGGCGCCCUGUCCAAGGAGAUCCUGGAGGAGCUCAAGACCAGCACCCGUUACUCGGAGGAGGAAUUGUGCCGCUGGUACGAGAGUUUCCAGCGCCAGUGCCCGGACGGGCGCAUCAGCCGCGCCGAGUUCGAGAAAAUCUACGGCACCUUCUUCCCCAACUCGGACCCGCAGGGCUACGCGCGCCACGUCUUCCGCAGCUUCGACACCAACGACGAUGGGACGCUCGAUUUUCGGGAGUACAUUAUUGCAUUACAUUUGACGUCGUCGGGGAAAACGCAUUUGAAGCUGGAAUGGGCGUUUUCGCUCUUCGAUGUUGAUAGAAAUGGAGAAAUCAGUAAGAAUGAGGUGCUGGAGAUCAUCACGUGCAUCAUCGCUUUACAUUUAACGUCGUCGGGGAAAACGCAUCUGAAAUUGGAGUGGGCGUUUUCGCUCUUCGAUGUCGAUAGGAAUGGAGAGAUCAGCAAGAAUGAGGUGCUGGAGAUCAUCACG